AUGGCAGCAGCAAACCGUGACGACUUCCACAACUACAACGAGCCGAACCGCGAUCGAUGCCUUGCCGACCUACGAUUGACCGACCCCCGCGACGACAAGACGCGCAUCGAGCAGACAAAGGGCGGUCUUCUCAAGGACUCGUAUAAGUGGGUCCUGGAUCACGAGGACUUUCGGCGAUGGCGAGACGACAGAGAGAGCCGGUUGCUCUGGAUCAAAGGCGACGCCGGCAAGGGCAAGACGAUGUUGCUCUGCGGUAUUAUCAACGAGCUAUCGCAGUCACGUGCGGAAAUACCCAACGCGAGCAAGGGAGGUCUAUUGGGUGACGUUACGAUGAAGAUAUCGCGCCGAUUCAAGAAAUUGUCGGUCUCGUCAACACACUCACAUCCCAUGUUAUUUUUCUUCUGUCAAGGCACUGAUUCGCGACUUAACCACGCCGCAGCUGUGCUGCGAGGCCUGAUAUACCUUUUGCUAUGUCAACGACCAUCCCUCAUCUCGCACAUCCAGGAUAUAUACGACCAUGCAGGUAGACGACUCUUCGAGGAUACAAAUGCGUUCUAUACCUUGUCCCAGGCUCUGGCCAGUAUGCUCCGCGAUCGCCCUGCGAAGGGUUGCUACCUGGUUAUCGACGCUCUAGAUGAAUGCGAGACAGGUUUGCCACAGCUCCUAGACUUUAUAGUCCAGAGCGCAUCUACGUCUGCUCAUAUCAAAUGGAUCGUAUCGAGCCGCAACAGACACGACAUCGAGCAGCAGCUGUGUCUUGAUGACCCUCGGACAAGACUCAGUCUUGAGCUGAAUGCACGCCAUGUCGCUCAGGCCAUCAAUACGUACAUCGUCCAUAAAGUCUCCGAGCUCGUCUCGCUGAAGGGCGACAAGUCAUUACGCGACCAAGUUCGGGAUGAGAUGCGACACAGAGCCGAUGGAACCUUCCUCUGGGUGGCUCUCGUCGCACAGGAACUUCAGAACGUUCGGAGCUGGGAUGUCUUGAGCGUUCUCAAGCAAAUGCCGGCCGGCCUGGUGCCACUCUACCGCCGAAUGAUGAAUGAUAUUCAGCAAUUGGGGUCGCAAGAGAGCGAGUUCUGCCGCCUUGUUAUUUCGAUGGCAACUGUCGCUUACCGCCCCCUCCACUUGUGUGAACUGGGUGUGCUAUCCGGUUUGCCCGGAAAUGUCCCCAGUGACCUUCAAUCUGUGUCCGUCAAAGAUUUCCUGACGAAGGAAGUGUCGACUGCAAUUUUCCAGCAUGGAUUCGCAGCCGCACAUCAUACUAUAUUCUUGAAAUCGAUACAGAUUAUGUCUGAAGCAUUGCGGCGUGAUGUGUACGACUUACACCAUCCCGGUACCUCUAUCGACGACAUCCGCCCUCCUAAACCAGACCCGUUAGCCCCGGCACGGUACUCAUGCAUCUACUGGGUUGACCACCUAAGCGAUGCCCUCUCGCACAAGACUUCGACGUCUAUCGACGACCUCCACGAUGAAGGCACAGUUCAUCAGUUUCUCUGCAAAAAGUACCUAUACUGGCUCGAGGCGCUUAGUCUUCUUCGAGGCAUACCGGGAGGAGUGGUUGCGAUGACGAAGCUUAAGACAUUGCUAGAACGGUCCGAAAAGUCCUAUCUAUUAGACCUUGUUCGAGAUGCACGCCGGUUUAUCCUAUCAUACGGAUGGGCGAUAGGGAAUGCGCCUCUUCAGGCAUAUGUGUCGGCGCUUAUAUUUAGUCCUAGGCAGAACAUAACGAGAAAACUGUUCAAAGGGGAAGAGCCAAAUUGGAUUAUCACUAAACCGGCUAUAGCAGAGGAUUGGGAUGCAUGUCUGGCAACGCUCGAGGGCCAUGGUUCUAUGGUUAAGUCGGUGGCCUUCUCGCCUGGUGGCCAACGCCUCGCAUCGGCGUCAUCUGACAAGACCGUUAAGAUCUGGGAUGCCGCGACGGGCCACUGCCAGGCGACGCUCGAGAGCCAUGGCCGUCCGGUUAAAUCAGUAGCCUUCUCGCCCGAUGGUGAGCGCCUCGCAUCAGUGUCAUACGACAACACUGUUAAGGUCUGGGAUGCCGCGACGGGCCACUGCCAGGCAACGCUCGAGGGCCAUAGCAAUUGGGUUCAGUCGGUGGCCUUCUCGCCCGAUAGCCAGCGCCUCGCAUCGGCGUCAGGCGACAAGACCGUCAAGGUCUGGGAUGCCACGACGGGCCACUGCCAGGCGACGCUCGAGGGGCAUAGCAAUUGGGUUCAGUCGGUGGCCUUCUCGCCCGAUGGCCAGCGCCUCGCAUCGGCGUCAGGCGACAAUACCGUCAAGGUCUGGGAUGCCGCAACCGGCCGCUGUCAGGCGACGCUUGAUGUAGGCAGGCACCUUGAUACGAUCCGUUUCGACGAGACCGGCGCUCGUCUUCUUAUAGAUGUUGGCACUUUCGACCUGAGCGUGCCCUCGCUCUCGCCGCCCGCUACACUAUCCACAUCUGGUCCUCUGUAUCACCCAUGCCAACGUCAAGGCUAUGGCAUCACUGACGAUGGCGUAUGGAUCACGUAUCAAGGUCGGAACCUGCUCUGGCUCCCGUCAGAGUAUCGUCCAGCGACGUCAGCGAUCGCGACAUCGACUGUCGCUCUCGGCUGUAGCUCGGGACGGGUCUUGCUAUUCCGGUUCUUGGGGGAAGGUCUUGUUUAGGUGCCACAACUGAACUGUCGGCUGGUGUAUUGGCCCACCGGCCCACCAGUCCUCCAUUCUAUAUGCUUUUUAAUCUCUUUUCUAUUGGAGGGUCGUAGGGGUCGAUGU